UACUUGCUACUGAGGCGGAAGGUAUGGUGUUGGGCACUUUCUUACAGCAAGAAAAAGACAAAGGUACUGUAGCCAACUCUGAUCCGUGAUGUAUCAUAAGAAUGGCCACUUCUAAGAGUCCCUGGUCUGAUGACAACUUUUUAUGUUCCAUCUGUCUUGAUGUGUUCAACAGCCCCGUCUCCACACCAUGUGGACACAACUUCUGCAAAACCUGUAUUACACCAUUCUGGGAUGAACAAAACCAGUACAAAUGUCCUGUUUGCAUCAAGAUUUUCCCCACAAGACCUGAUCUACAGGUCAAUACCUUCAUAUCAGAGAUGGUUAAUCAGUUCAGAACCUCUGUACGAGUCAAAGAGCAGCCUUGUGUUGAACCAGGAGAAGUUCCCUGUGACGUCUGUACUGGGACCCAGCUGAAGGCUGUGAAGUCCUGCCUAGUGUGUUUUACCUCUUACUGUCACACCCACCAGAGAGUCGCAGGCCUAAAGAUACAUCCGUUAGUCAACCCUAUGGACCGUCUGGAAGACAGGAUGUGUACGAAACACCACAAACUUCGGGAGCUCUUCUGCCAGACUGAACAGGUGUGUGUGUGUAUGUUGUGCACAGUGAUGAACCACAAGUCCCAUCCUGUUGUACCUCUAAAGGAGGAAUAUGAAGUGAAGAUGGCCCAGCUGGAAAAGAUAGAGUCUGAAGUUCAGAGGAUGAUCCAGGAGGGACAACAAAAGAUACAGGAAAUCAAAGACAAAGUACAACUCGGCAAAGCAGAGGCAGACAGAGUGCUGGCAAAGGGUGUGCAGGUCCUCACUGUUCUGAUGUGCUGCAUUGAAAAGUGCUGGGAGGAUCUCUACCAAACUGUUAAAGAGAAACUGAAAUCCACAGAGAAAUACGCUGAAGGCCUCAUCAAAGACCUGGAGCAGGAAAUAGAAGAUCUGACCAAUAAAAGCUCAGAGGUGAAGCAGCUCUUAGGCACUGAAGACCAUCUCCUCUGCCUCAAGACCUUCAGAAUCCCGAAGAAUCCUCCACCAACCAGGGACAGGAGGACAGUGAAGGUCUGUCCUCCGUCAUACGUAGGAACCUUGAGGAGAUCCCUGGAUCAGCUGGAGGAAACACUGAACAUGGAGAUGGAGAAGGUGCCUCUCCUUAAAUCAGCUCUAAAGAAGUAUGCCUGUGAGCUCACACUGGACCCAAACACAGCCUGCAGACGACUCAUUCUUUCUGAGGACAACAGAAAGGUGACAUGGGUUAGAGAGCAGUCGUAUCCUGAUCACCCAGAGAGAUUUGACUCCUGUCCCCAGGUGUUGUGUAGAGAGGGUCUGACUGGCCGCUGUUACUGGGAGGUAGAGAGGGAGGGUUGUGUUUAUAUAGCAGUGACAUACGGAGGAAUCACAAGGAGAGGAAGAAGUGAUGUAAGCAGGCUUGGAGGGAACAACAAGUCCUGGAGUCUUUAUUGUGAUAAUGAUGGUUACUAUGCCUGGUACAACGGUAUUAAAACAGACAUACCUCUCCCCUCCGCUGGCUCUCACAGAGUAGGAGUGUAUCUGGACCGGCCUGCUGGCACUCUGUCCUUCUACAGAGUGUCCCCAGAUGUAGCAGAGUCCUCAGACACACUGAAACACAUCCACACCUUCCAGUCUACCUUCACCCAGGAGGCCCUCCUCCCUGGGUUUGGGAUUGGGUGGCCUGGUUCCUCAGUGUCUCUGUGUAGGUUUUAGUAGACGCACACACACCCACCCACCCACCCACACACACACACACACACACACACACACACACACACACACACACACACACACACACACACACACACACACACACACACACACACACACACACACACACACACACACACACACUUGACUAUCAUCGGCAAGAGCAAAUAAUUGUAUUUUCUACAAAUAAUUUUAAUUGGCUACUUUGGCAAGUGGGCCCUUUUUAUUCUUUGUGCUAAUCAAAAUAGGUUUGAAUCAAAUCAAUGCAAAUCCCUCUGGGGUUCUUUUGGGCUUCUCAAAAGUUUAGGAUGAUUAACAAACAAAGGAAAUGGUUUACUAAGCAUGUUUUAGGAAAAAUGCAAUCUCUGAUUUGAAAAGUAUUUUCAACAUUGAUUGAUGGUAUACAGACAUUAACAGUUUUCUAUGUGAGGACUCUGAUGCAAUUUUUUAUUUUGAUAAGCUUCACAUGGAACCUGAUUUAUAGCAGAUUUCAUAAUUCAUUCAAAAUGCAAGCGGUCUCUGGGAAAGCUAAUGAUGUUCAUGUUAUGGAAGACUUUAAACUCAAUAUUGAUCCUUUGAGUUCUGUUUGGAAAAACACAAAAGCAAAUCAGUUUUUGUUAUAAAGGAUACAUCUGUUUAUGAUUUGUUA